AUGUCCCUUACCCGGACCUCCUCUGUCCUGCGACAAUGUCGCCUACAAUUGCACCCGGAAGCCCUCUCCCUGACGCGCACUUCCCCUCCCCUGAGCCAUUCUACCCGCCAUCGCCGACCCUCGCGCUAUGAAGCCAAAUCUUUCCAUACGACGACGCCCUCUAAUGCAGCGCCACGAUCUCCCAUCGCGCGGAAGGCUCAAUCCACUCGGAGACAAGCCGUCUUCACAAUUGACGGAGUAUUCGCCCACACUGUCCAAGGCGAUGUCGAGAAAAUGCUACAAAGGCUGGAGAAGACCGUGGAGGAACACUAUGACCGGUGGAAGGAAACCCACAGCUAUGAGGGAAGCUACGGUCGCGCGAAGCUGAGCCUCGACAAAUACAAACAAAUCGCACAAUCCCUACUGCGAACCGCCUAUUCCCAGCCUCCAUCCGCACGCGCGAUUCGCGCAAUUUCCACCAAUGUCGAGGUUAUCUGGAACGUUUCGAGGUGCCUACUGAGUCCCGAUAAUCGGGCCCUGGAAGUUUGGCUCCACAGUGCUUGUGCUCUCGCAGGCGCAAGAUCCCCUGCCCUUAUGCUCGCUCAACGGAACCUCGACGAGGCGCAUCCGAAUUACCCCCUACGCACUCAAUUCCUGGAUAAAGUUGAACAAUGGGCGUUGCAAGAACGUGAUCCUCGUGCUAUGCAUGUUUAUGUGAGAACGCUUAUUGCCCGCGGGGAACAUGAAAGCGCGGUGCCGCUGAUGGAUGAGCUCAUGUCCACCAUCUAUCCUUCGACACGAGUGGAGGGCCUGGAGACGCCUCUUUCGUUCUACAACAUUCCCCAGGUGUGGCCGACGUAUAUUCAACUACAAGAGGGGCUGAAGAAGAAGGGUGUGAGUUGGGGCGUUAGCAGAGAUGAGCUGGCCCGUCUGGCAGGAGUGGAUUACCAAGAGCCCAACUACUUGUCGAGUUAUGCGUCCGCAAUGUUUGAGGCUGGUGAUUAUGAGAAGUACGAGCAGUACAUGCAUCAGGCUGCAAUGGCCGGUGUUCCCAGUGCUUGCGUCUCUUUGGCCCAUUUCUACUACCUUACUGCGAGAGGACUGUUUCCCCGUCGGGGAGAGAAGACGUUUGUUCCGCGGUCGGAAGAAGACUCUAGCGAGGUACUCAAAGAGGGUAGAUUGGAAACUCUUUACUCCAGUAUUGUCCGUGGUCUGGCACCCCACGAAUACUACAAUAAUCUUGCUCUCGAGUGGUGGGAGCUGGGAUUGAACAUGGGCAGCGAUUUGUCUGCUAUGUUCCUUGCUCUCGCUUACCGAGAGGCCGGUCAGCUAGAAGUUGCAGAUUCUUUUUACAAGCUGGUAGAUACGCCUCGUUUAUGGGCCCCCAAAUUCUCUGCUGAUGAUUUCGCCAUGAAUUGGGACAAUCCGUUUGCCAGCUUCUCUGUGCCACGGCGAGUACUCAAUGUAAAAUGGUAUGACAGCGAUGCCAAAUGGACCACUGAGAAAUAG